AUGACGGCGCGGCGCGGCAAUCGUUCGGCGGCAUUGGCGGGGCUGCGCCUCCGCCGCCUCAUCUCCUUCCUCAGGCGCCACCGCCUCUACCGCACCGCUCAUGCCCUGGAGAGGGAGACGGGGGUCUUCUUCGACGCCAAGCACCUCCGCCGGAUGCUGGAUCACGAACGCUGGGCCGCCGCCUCGUCCUACGCGCUCAGCUUCGUCAAUGUCCGUGACUGCAGCCGCGAGGCCGACGUGCUCAACUUCCGAAUCCUCGUCCUCCGCGUCCUUGCCGCCUUCGCUGCUGGUCAGGGCCGCUCCGUAGACGCCCUCUUCCGACGCAUCUACGCUUAUCUCCGCGUCUACGACGAUUGCGACGGCCUCCGCAGGCUCCUACUCUCCAUGCGUUCAGAUGACACCAAAUCCUCCAUUCUGUAUCGGCGUAUCAAGCCAAAGGCAGUGGCGGACAUUAUGGACUUGGUUGCCAAGUGCCCAGAGCUCAAAGCCAAGACACGAUUACCACGCAGCACCUUCGAUCCUGCCUACAUCAUGUCGCUCGGUCCUAGGUUGUGGCAACAAUCCACACGCCACACGAACAGAACUAGCAGCGUCCCGGCACAUAUCAUCGCCCUUUCCUUUGUGCGAAAAAGAUUUUCAAAGUUGGCUGAUUCGAAUUGA